UGUACCUGGCCUAUCUGAAGAGGCCCAUCUGCACUCGUCACGUCGAACAUGAUGCGCAGUGACGGCAGAUGGCGAGCGAGAUUAUAUAGGGCGAGGGGAGGGCGCAUUUGAAAGCUUUCAGCCCAUCAUCGGUGCUGAAGCUGCAACGUUCUCCGCGACACUAGCCAUGAUGAAACUGACGGUCGUGCUGCUCGCGGCCCUGCUGGGCCUCGCGGCCGCCCGCACCUCCAUGCCACACCACCCUCUCUCGGAGGCGGCCAUCAACCACAUCAACUCACAGCAGUCCACCUGGAAGGCCGGGCGCAACUUCGCACCCGACAUCUCCAUGAACUACAUCCGCAGGCUGUUGGGUGCCCGCCGUGGCCCCAAGCCCGCGGAACUUCAGCUCCCGACCCUGGAGGUGAGCGAGGAGGACCUCCUCGGCGACAACAUCCCCAAGACCUUUGACGCCCGUGAGCAAUGGCCCAACUGCCCUACCAUCAGCGAGGUCAGGGACCAGGGCUCCUGCGGAUCCUGCUGGGCUUUUGGCGCCGUUGAGGCCAUAUCCGACCGUAUCUGCGUCGCCUCCAAGGGCCGCGUCAAGCCCCACCUCUCCGCCCAGGACCUGCUGACCUGCUGCUACUCCUGCGGCGACGGCUGCAACGGUGGCUGGCCCGUCGAGGCCUGGCAGUACUGGGUGCGCUACGGCAUCGUGACCGGCGGCAACUACAACACCUCCGUGGGCUGCCUGGACUACUCCAUCGAGCCCUGCGAGCACCACACCACCGGAGACAGGAAGCCGUGCGGCGGCGAAGAGGGCACCACCCCCCGCUGCGCGCGCAAGUGCCAGAACUCGAGCGUCAACUACCGCAAGGACCGCCACUACGGCAAGAAGGCCUACCAGGUCUCUGGCGUUGCGGCCAUCCAGAAGGAGAUCAUGACCAACGGACCCGUCGAGGUCGACUUCGACGUGUACGCCGACUUCCCCAACUACAAGUCCGGCGUCUACCAGUUCCUUACCGGAGAGUACCUGGGCGGCCACGCUGUGAGGCUGCUUGGCUGGGGCGAGGAGAACGGCGUCCCCUACUGGCUCAUCGCCAACUCCUGGAACAGCGACUGGGGUGACAAGGGAUUCUUCAAGAUCAGGAGGGGCACCAACGAGUGCGGCAUCGAGUCUGAUGUCGUCGCUGGCAUCCCCAAGCUGUAAUCGCAUCCCCGACCUGCCUACGCGUCAUCUGUCGUCAAUAACGCCGACCUUCGCCCCCACUCGGGACCAAAUGGUUGACAACACUUUGCGAUGACUUGCUUGUUAAAGACCCUUGGCGACCUACUGUCCAUCUCAUGUACCAAAGAGUAUCGAGUGUUUAAAUAAAGAAAAUGCUCAAAAUCAGUA